AGCCAGGCCUGCUUGGCUGGGGGCCCGUGACCAGCCCCUCAGCAAGGCAGAUCCCCUGGGGGAGGCAGAACCCUGUGUGCUUGUGCUGGGGGAGGGGCCGCAGCACCACAUCAUCCAACAGGUUGGUCAGGCUGGGAGGCGUCCCGCCCUCCUGCAGCUAAUGAGCACUGUACGACAGGUGUCUGCUCCUCAGUCCCCAGCCUGCCCCGGCUGCGACCAGAGCCUGCCACCCAUCGCCCAUCCAAGGCUCACUCACUCAUCCCUGGGCCCUCCUGCUCCCAGGCCGGGGGUCCGAGAUGGCCUGCCGCUCCUGUGUCGUUGGCUUCAGCAGCCUCAGCGGCUGUGAGGUGACCCCGGCGGGCAGCCCCCGGCCUGGAGCCUCGGGAUGGAGCAGCUGCGGGGCCCCCGGGCCGAGCUUCAGCUCCCGAAGCCUCACAGGCUGCUGGUCGGCUGGCACCAUCCCCAAGGUGACCGUGGACCCCAGCCUGCUGGUGCCCCUGGACCUCAAGGUGGACCCGGCCGUCCAGCAGCAAAAGAACCAGGAGAAAGAGGAGAUGAAGGUCCUCAAUGAUAAAUUUGCCUCCCUGAUUGGCAAGGUGCAAGCCCUGGAGCAGCGCAACCAGCUGCUGGAGACCCGCUGGAGCUUCCUGCAGGGCCAGGACACAGCCACCUUCGAUCUCGGGCACCUCUACGAGGAGUACCAGGGCCGGCUGCAGGAGGAACUGCGCAAAGUGACCCAGGAGCGGGGGCAGCUGGAGGCCAACCUGCUGCAGGUGCUUGAGAAGGUUGAGGAGUUUCGAAUCAGGUAUGAAGAUGAGAUCUCCAAGCGCACAGACAUGGAGUUCACCUUCGUCCAGCUGAAGAAGGACCUGGAUGCAGAGUGCCUUCGUCGGACCGAACUGGAAACCAAGCUAAAAGGCCUGCAGAGCUUCGUGGAGCUCAUGAAAACCAUCUAUGAGCAGGAGCUGAAGGACCUGGCAGCCCAGGUGAAGGAUGUGUCGGUGACCGUUGGCAUGGACAGCCGCUGCCGCGUUGACCUGAGCGGCAUCGUGGAGGAGGUGAAGGCCCAGUACGACGCCAUCGCGGCCCGCAGCCUGGAGGAGGCCGAGGCGUACUCGCGGAGCCAGCUGGAGGAGCAGGCCGCCCGCUCGGCCGAGCUUGGGAGCAGCCUGCAGAGCAGCCGCAGCGAGAUCACCGACCUCAACGUGCGCAUCCAGAAGCUCCGGUCCCAGAUCGUCUCCAUCAAGAGCCACUGCCUGAAGCUGGAGGAGAGCAUCAAGGCAGCGGAGGAGCAGGGGGAGCUGGCAUUCCAGGACGCCAAGGCCAAGCUGGCCCAGCUGGAAGCCGCCCUGCAGCAGGCCAAGCAGGACAUGGCGCGGCAGCUGCGCGAGUACCAGGAGCUCAUGAACACCAAGCUGGCCCUGGACAUCGAGAUCGCCACCUACAGCAAGCUGGUGGAGGGCGAGGAGAGCCGGAUGGACCUGCCCUCGGCCACCGUGGUCAGCACCGUGCAGUCCCGGUCCAGAACCGCUGCCUCCAGGUCAGGCCUCUCCAGGGCCCCCUCCCGGAAGAAGAAGAACAGCACAGGUCCCGUGAUCCAAAUCACCGAAAUGUCGGAGAAGUACUUCUCACAGGAGUCGGAGGUCUCAGAGCUGGGGGUGGGAGAGGAGCGCCGCCAGCUGUUCAGAGCCCCUCCGCUCCGUCACUGUCUCACAGCCUCAUCCUUCCAACCUUCUAGCCAGAGGUGGUCCUGACGGGCUAAACUGGAAUGCAGGUGGGCUUUGUCUCUACCUCCUCUUUCCUUGGAGGCUCUUCCUCCAACGUGGGCUCUGACCAAGGCCCCUUUGAGUCUUUUGCCCAACGCUUGCCCUAAACUCCUAUCUCAAGCCUUGCCUUGCCUCUGCCUUGGAACUGGGGCUGGUGCCCUGGCUCACCCAGCCAGCGUGGGCCCCAUCCUGUACCUGGAGUUCCCGGGGAGGCUGGGUGCUGAAGACCCCCCGGCUUUCCUGCACCUCCUGGGCUCCCGCAGAGACCUCACAGUAUUAUGGAGCCUGGGGACUGAGGGGAGGAAGGUCCCUGGGCGUUUGGGACCUGAGCCUGGACCUCUGAGGUCAGCCCAAACACCCGCACCCGUGCCUCCUCCCCAGGGUCCCUCCCAGUAGGCCAUGGUUAGAACUGGACAGGCCACCCCACCAGCUCCCAGCCCUUCUCCAGAAGCAAUUCUUGCCACAGUCCACUCUCUGAGAGUGGAGGCCAGAGGCCCUCUGAGACCAGGCAGGAGAAUUAGACUACCCCUUCACCUCCCUGCCAUUCUGCGAUCACCCCCCAGCCUGGGAUCUGAGCUCUCCACCCCAAGCCCAGGUGCUUCCCAGCCUGAACACCUGGCUUUGGUGCGCCUGACGCUGGAGACCCCUAGCCCCACCCCUGCCGAGAAACCCUGGGCCCACUUCCCACAAAUCCCACCUCUCAGGGCCUGUGUCCUCCUCUCCAUGGAGACAGACAGCCUGGCCCUUCCCGCCUUUGCAUGCACUGGGGAGCCCAGGGCCUCCCCUGACCUGAAGGGUCAUAGCUCCUCUUCUCCCCGUCCUGCCCCUUCCUCCCUCCAAGCCCACUCCCCCUGCCUCCAACAGGCCAUGAAGAAGGCACAGUCCACGCAGGUCUGGGAGUUCCUGAGCCCUCGAGGUCAGGCUCUGGAGCCCCCCCAUGACAGCCUUAAAAGCGCUCACCCUGGGGUUGGCAGAAGUGCUAUUUCCUCCUCUUGGCUCCCCGCUUUGUAGCUUGCAGGGAGAUCCUAGCAGCUCCAGCCUUCCCUCCCUUAAGCUACCUUCCCUCCUUCCCCGCACCACCCCCGUCUCCUCUUGGAGCCUGCCUGUGGUUCAUUCAUCUCCUUUUCCAGGGCAUGGGGGCCCAGGGCUGGGCCACCCCGGGCCUCAGGCCCUCCAGGCCUGUAGGGGGCGCCGACGGGCCGCCGGCUCGCAGGCCCGGAAACGCAGACAUGCACUCAUGCCUGAUGUCCCCAGUGAGGGUGCUGACUGCUGCUGCUUCUCAGGCUCUUUAUUGGUUUCCAAGGGAGCAAAUCCUCAGCAGAGAUACAAGUUAUAUACAGUAUAUAUUAUUUUUUUCAUAACUUAUGUGGCUCUUAACUUAUUGCUUCCCUUCCUGUUUCUGCAUAAUCAGGGCUGUAUGUACUAUCUGGCAGAUGACACGUGUUCCAGCCACCCCACCUGCCCGGCUGGCUGUCUCAGGCAGUGCCCCCUUCUCUCUGCCAAGGGAUGAAUAAAGUGUCGAGAUUUGUCCAUGGA